AGCCGAAAGGGGAAGCAGGAAGGGAUUGCAGCGCGGCGUCAAACUUUCGGCUCCAUUCGGUGCCGAAGGGCCGGUUUUAGCUCUAUUGUAGCAGUGGGAGCACCAUGAGCAGCAGGGAUCGCUAUCGGAAGUUUACGUGAAAGAGAGUUUACGGAAUGAAGGGGGUUCGUCAUGUUUGAGGCAGUAAUACCUGUCGAAGUUUACAACGAGGAUGAAAGCUGGUGAACUGGGCAAUCGGAGCAGUGCGGUUGAGCCUGGCUCGUCUCUCUUCUGGAACUGGAAUUACUGGAUCAACUGCUUUACCCACGACCAGGUCUGCAUAUCCUUCGCGCUCUGGGCUUUAUCGCAGCUUUUUUGGGUGGUCGCCCACAUUACGUUGAUUUAUUUCCGCUGUAAACAGAGACUUUGGAAGGAAGAAUCCUUAUAUUUUGUUAUCUAUGCCUUUGUGGGCAAUAUAUGCAACAUGUUUGGAGCCCUUCUUGCAAAACAACUGAAUAUUCAGGUUUUUACAGCAGCUUAUAUGGCAGCAGUGGAUAUUCUCAAUUUCGUGCUAAUUCUGUUUCCUGUGUGUGGCUCCAGAUCAAAAUCAGAACUAUUGAGACACAAAAGAAGAAGAAGGAGAAGGAGGACUGCUUUACUGGUAGCUUGCCUGCCUUUUGUUAUGAGCACAAGUUACUUCUUUUGGCCCUCUCCUAUUGCUCAAGUGGAUUUCCAUGGACCAAAGCGGAGGUUACUUUCCACAUUACUUAAGGAUGACACAGAAAUCAUUGGCUAUGUACUGGGGGUGAUUGCAAUUUUCAUUGGCUGGACAUCAAAGUUCCCUAUCAUUUUCAAGGCAUUUAGGGGGAAGAUUGAGGGCAGUCUCCUGCAUUGGGUUGUUACCUUCUCAAUGGUGGCAAGUGUGUUAUAUGCUGUUGCCGUUCUGUCCCAAGAGAAAAUCCCUGUUUUAAUCCUAAGAGCUUUGCCCUGGCUGCUUAUCUAUCUUGGUGGUGCAGCUCUAGAUAUCUCUGUACUGUACCUAUUAUGUUUGCUGAAAAAUCAAACUACUCAUCAACAAUGGGGUUUGGAGAUGGUGGUAGAAUCUGAUACCAUCUCUCUCUUGAAAACAUCUGAACAAAAUGUGGAAGAAGACGAGCUUCAAGCUAAUACACAGAGCAUGGACUGGGUGCCACUGAACAUACCUCAGAACAACAGAUAUCUACGAAAGAUGGCAGAAAUGGGUCACUAUAUGGAUCUGAGCAUUGAACCAGUACAAGAGAUUGGACUUGGUCUUAAAAGAUUACCUGGAGAUGGGCAGACAUGUACUGAGAGAAAAAUAAAAAUGGAUUCUCUGCUUGUCCAUGAUCCUCCAAUGUAUCCUCCCAAGCAUGUUAUUCAUGCAAAAGUAUCUUCAUGUAGUUCAUCAGAUGCUACUUCUAUAAACUCUGAACUUGAGCAAAAGUACUUGGAGGCCCUAAAUUCAGAGCAGAUCUCCUGUGCUGCUGGAAGACCACCACGUUUCAGUGGGACUUUGAAGACAUGCCUCAAGAAUGGAAGAUGGCAGAAAAGAACCAUGACAAUGGGUUAAGCCAUAACCCAGAAACCAUGAUGACUGAAGAAAGAGCCUCAGCAAUUUUGGCCCAAUAUGAAGAAGAGGUAAACAUGACUGGACAUAGAAGAACAAGAUCUGUAUUAUCAUGAAGCAAAAAUGCAGCAUUUAUCUUUUGAUUAAAAUGAGGAUUUAUGAAUGUUUACAGAAUUUUUGCUUUACUGUUGACUACUGACCAAUAUUAGUAUAGUUAUAUAUGUCCUUAGAGAAACUUUUGUAUUUCUUUUGUAAACAAUUCCUGAAAAGGAAUAAAGGUAUUCUGGAUA